AUGAAGUUGAUCCGGCUCAGCAAGAAUCCAUCCGCCGAAGGUGGCACAGUGCCAAAGCCUGUGACCCUGGACAGUGUUACUGUUGCAUGCCCUGACCACCUAGUCCUUGCUGAUCUUCCUGUUGCCAAGGGCCUUGGUUCAGCACCUUCUGCUUCACUUAUUAAGAUUGUAGGUCGUAGGUCACGCCGCCAGCUUGGUGAGCGGGUUCAUUUUUGUGUCCGCUGUGACUUCCCCAUUGCUAUAUAUGGGCGGCUGUGUCCAUGCCUUCUAGGAGUUCAAAUACUGGAUUCUUGGAACCCUUGUGAUCAUGUUUUCUGUCUUGAUUGUGCAAGGAGUGAUUCUGUCUGCUACCUGUAA